CGAAUACAUACCCUACCAGCAUCAUCAAUACCAGCAGGUUCUAAUCUGCAUACAGGUAGAAAACGACGCACAUUGUCGAUUUCUUCACUAUUUUUGUUUUUCUGAUUUGAAGUAGAAUCAACUAAAUAUGAAAAUUAGGAGGCGGUGAUCGUGAUAUAAAUUUAUAAAGUGAGAGUGAUUUUUUUUCCCUUUUAUAUUUUCUAAGACAUUGAUUACAGGAUUUUAGGAUUAUACACAUCUAAAACGAAAAUCCAAUUGAAUGAUGUAAGCAUAUCACCGCAAGAACACUCAAGCAUUAAGAUGACCAUCUUCUUGUUCGUCCUCACCCUUACACUUAAAGGAAUCCUGGCAGUCGAUCCAUUCCUGGUCCAGCAGAACCAGCCACAAAUGGUCGACAGCUGUCAAGGUCAAGAAGUGUUUAUGUGUGACCAAGAUGGUCAAGAGUGCAUCUCCAACCAACUGAAGUGUAACGGAGUCAACGACUGUAGCAACGGCCUGGAUGAAGACAUAGCAACAUGCGGCUGUUUGACCACAGAGUUCCAGUGCAACAGUACGACGUGUAUAGACCUGAUCAGAAGAUGUGACAGAGUCAAUGACUGCAAUGAUGGACUUGAUGAACAAGACUGCAUAACGUACGCCUGUCCACCCACUCACGGGAAAUGUAAAAACCAUUUCUGUGUACCACGUGACAACUUCUGUGACAUCGAGGACAACUGUGGGGACAACAGUGAUGAAAUCAAUUGCGCGUACCCUGAAUGUUACGCCACCCAGUUCGAAUGUCGGAAUAAACAGUGCGUCAACCUGGAUCUACUCUGUGAUGGAUACAAAGACUGUUUUGAUGGAAGUGACGAAGAAAACUGCGAUCGAUAUCACCGGUGUGGCUCGGGGUUCUAUAGGUACCAGAGUAGUGUCUGUGACGGCUUUGUGGACUGUGAGGACCAAUCAGACGAAUCCAACUGUACAACGUCAUGUCGGAAUGGUUUCCGGUGUAAUAAUGGGCGGUGUUUAGGAAUGGCCAAUCGCUGUGACUGGUUUUGUGAUUGCGGGGAGAACUGUGAAGAUGAGAUGGGCUGUGGACCCUCGGUGUGUUCUGCUGGAGACUCGUUCACGUGUAAAUCCCUGUAUGAACUGAACAUAGAGAGAUGUAUCGACAACCAGUACCUCUGUGACGGGCACAAUGACUGUUACAACAACGAGAAGGGCUCGGACGAGAUGUCAUGUCUCUACUCGCUACAGGCCAGCUAUAAUAUGUCGGGUAAAAAUUGCAGUGACUUUGGUCGGGGUUACUUCCCUUGUCCUGAGGGGCGCUGCAUCCCCCGUAAAGCGAUGUGUGAUUAUUUCAUUGACUGUAAGAAUGGCGAGGAUGAGGACCAAAAAUUGUGUGAUAAGUAUUUUAGGAAUUGCUCUCAGGGGGAGUUCCAGUGUCAAAACAGACAAUGUAUAGCCACUUCCUUGCGCUGUGACGGACGCGCGGACUGCUAUGACGGUUCGGACGAGGAGGAAUGUGAUCAAGUCCAAUGUCCUCCAGGCCACAGACGCUGUAAAAGCGGACCUUGUAUUCCGGAAGUGAAAUGGUGCGACUUCUUCCGGGAUUGUCCAGAUGUAUCGGAUGAAAGUGAAUGCAUUCGCCGUACUUGUAACAAGAGCGAAUUUACAUGCCAUAAUGGACAAUGUAUUGAUUCCAAAUACAUUUGCUAUAAGCCCGCCAACAAACGAAUGGGGUGUUCCGAUGGAUCCAAUCUCUACCUCAGCCAGUGCAAGAAAGCCAACUGCUCGUCGGGUCAAUUCAAGUGUCGGAAUUCCUACUGCAUCGAUGAGGUGGCCGUGUGUGACCACAAUAUCGACUGUCCACUUAACUCUUACUGGGACGAGCUCGGCUGUCCCUCACCCUGCCCGUACUUGUCCCGGGAAUGCAUGUGUCGCACUGACGAGAUCGACUGCCGAGGGAAAGGUCUCAGGAAACUACCCACAGACCUCCCCCAGGAACACAACGUGGCCAAAUUUUUUCUAAGUGACAACUUCCUGAAUAACUCGCUGGACAACACCUCAUUCCUGAUAUAUUCCAAGGUCAUUUAUCUAGAUCUCAGCAACAACUCUAUGCGACACGUACCUGUGGGCAUGUUCCGUAAUCUCUUCCGCCUGCUCUCUUUGAACUUGGAGAAAAACAUGAUAAAUGAAUUGGAGGAGGGGACGUUCGUUGGCCUCUACAAUUUACGAAGCUUAUAUAUGAAAGGAAACCAUAUUCAGGAUAUAUCGCCAUACUCCUUGACAGGACUUUCAAAACUUCUGACACUGGACCUAAGCGGACAGCGUCUCCAGUGUUUGUACAAAUUCGGCUUCGUGGGUCUCAGGAGCGUUUCUCGAUUAGAUCUCUCCAGCAAUCAAAUCGAGCACGUGUACAGCGGGGCGUUCAGUGGCCUCGACAGUCUGUUGACGUUAGACCUGUCCAUGAACAAGAUUUCAUACAUCGAUGGAAAUGCUUUCAACGGACUAUCAAAGUUAAAAAUGCUAGAGGUGGACGAGUUCCGGUUUUGUUGCCUUGCACGAGAGGCGGAGAAGUGUGUACCGGAGCCGGAUGAGUUCUCCUCCUGUGAAGAUCUAAUGUCUAACUAUCUUCUGAGGAUCACGAUCUGGAUUCUUGGGGUGAUCGCCUUCUUCGGGAACCUUCUCGUCUUCAUCUGGCGGGUGAGGGACGACAGGAAUGGAAAGGUGCAUUCUUUCCUGAUAACAAAUCUGGCGGUUGGGGACUUUUUCAUGGGAGUGUACCUCCUUAUCAUAGCUGUUGUGGAUAGUUACUAUAGAGGGGAGUAUAUCAUAUUUGACAAAUCUUGGCGGGAGAGUGAGUUGUGUAAAUUCGCAGGAUUUAUAUCUACGUUUUCCAGUGAACUUUCAGUGUUCACCCUGACUGUGAUAACCCUAGAUCGCUUGAUCUGCAUAAUAUUUCCACUCAAAUUAAAACGCCUGGGGAUUAAGCAGGCGUCCAUUGUAAUGCCAUGCAUCUGGAUUGUAGUGAUUCUGCUUUCCGGAAUUCCGUUAUUCGGCCUGGAUUAUUUUGACAAUUUCUACGGAAGAUCCGGUGUUUGUCUCGCGUUUCACAUAACUCCUGAUAAACCUAAGGGAUGGGAGUACUCUGUGUUUGUGUUCUUGGUUUUAAACUUCAUGUCAUUUCUAGUUAUUUUUAUUUCGUACCUAUGGAUGUUUUUAGUUGCCAAAAAAACGACUACUGCGGUGAGAAAGUCGAAGGCGAAGUCAGAUAAAUCUAUGGCCAAAAGAAUGACACUUAUCGUAAUGUCUGACUUUUUAUGCUGGGUACCAAUAAUUCUUCUCGGGUUUGCAUCGCUAGGUGGCGCAACAGUUCCACCGCAGGUGUAUGCAUGGGUGGCGGUGUUUGUGCUACCCUUGAAUUCCGCCAUGAAUCCUGUUCUCUACACUAUAUCCACUGCUCCCUUCAUGAGAAAUAUCAGAAAGAGAGCUUCGCGGUUUCGGAAAUCUUUCACAGGAUCGUCAAGAAAUACCGAUACAAAGAAUUCGUUCAUAGAAAAUUCGUCUCAGAUCUGGAAUCGUAAUUCCAUGUACCGACAGUUGGAGCUCACACGACUACGUGGUCUGAAAAAGACGUACACUCACCACCACGACAAAGGCGGCAGGAUAACGUCGUAAAGCGGGUCCCUCCCGCCCUUUAGCGCGGAGGAAUAGCGUUACCUGCACACAGUAAACACGUGGUAAUAGAGGAAGCAGGGGCAUGGUUUUUUCCAACGUGUUCCGGAUGUGUCGUGUAGUAAAUUAAUUCAGAGUGCAGCGUGAACUGUUCAAGAAAUAAGUUUAUUUAAAAUUGUUACGCCCUAUCGCCGUCGUUGUAACUGUUUUGCAUGAUGUAUAAUGUGUGUGUAACUUGUUACAUUUCUAUAGUCAUUGUGUAAACUUCAAAGAGGGUGUUUUAUGUGACAAUUUGAGCUGCUUGUUCAGUGGAAGAAUUGGUUGUGUGAUGUAUUCUCAUCGCAUGGCAAAAUGGAGUACUAAAUAAAUGAUCACCAUUGAUUUAACGAGUGCAAAAAAUUAUAGUUACUGCAUACCAGGACAUUUUUACCCGACUUGUUACAUUGAAAAACUAGAAUUGUCAUAUUUGCUUUCGUAAGCCGGUUUUGUUUUGUUUUUAACUAUUUUUUCUUGCUACAUUACAGAAAUCAUUUGAUUUGAAUUCGUUUACUUUUUUAAUUUCGCUCUUUAAAGGUUCAAAAUAAGACGAUCGCCAGUGUACGAUAUUUUAGAACUGCAUUACCGCAUUACAGACUAAAGUGCGUGUAGAUAUGAUUAUUAUUUCAUUAAUUGCUAGAUUAAUGUAUUAGGAAUGCAUAAAGCGGUAAAAUGUGCGUGAUUUUGUGAUUUGUAAUAAUUGAUUUGUGUGCAGUGCAGUUUUAUGCGAGAAGUGGGCGUGUUGUGCUGAUUACUGUAGUAAAUGUGCCACGAGGGACAAAUUGAACCAUUAUUUCAGGUUUGAUUUCGUACACUGCUUAUUAAGUUUUUUUGCUCACAAUGUUCACAUGCUUGCUACUCAGAAUAGGGAUUUUAAAUUCUUUAAUUCAAUUUGAUAGGAAAAUUUAUAUUGUAUUACUAAAGUUUAUGGAAAGUGAAUCUUUUGCUGAAAAAAGUUGUGAACAUGUAGGUGUAAGUCCAUCCGAAUACAUUAGGAUGCUAUCGUGCUGAACCUAUUUGCUGUAUUUAAUGGUAUUUGUGCGGGUAUAAUCCGCCGUUGUAAUAUUGAAUUAUAUGUCUACUGUUAAAGUGAAUAAAUUAUUUUUCCUCAUAAA